GUAAGAAGAGAAGUUAGGUAGGAGUGUUGUUUUCAAACAUAAAGUGGCAAAGAAUAGAAUAUAUCUUCAAAAUUUGUGAGAUAUUCGGCAUUUUCGUUUUCUUUUCUGUUGCACUUAUUUUUUAAUUAAUCUUUGUAGCCGUUUGCUUCAUCGCUGAAACCAUGAGAACUGACAGUCAAACUCAGGGUCUACAGUCUCUCUGACUGUCCAGGAAAUAAUUCAUGUGAGCCUUGGGAUUCAUGGAUAAUAAUGGAAGCAAUUCAGGAGACAUCAAAACCCGGUCUUUUCCAUCGCAAAAUUUAGUGAACAAGCUAAUUAAUCGUGAAAUUUAUGGAGCAAAGAAGCCUGGCACUCAUUUCCAUGUAUCAAGAUCCUUCUAUCAAAAUGUCUUCCCAAAUUUAACAGUCAUAAAUGUGGGAACACCCCCCUGUUUCCUCAGGAAGUUUUGUCCUCUGGGCAAAUAUUUUGUUGCGUUUUCCUCCGAUCAGAAAAGCUUAGAAAUUUAUUCGUAUCGGGGCCCAGCCGCAGCAGCCGAUCUAAUUCAGCUCUUUAGGACUGAAUAUGUUGGCUUGCACAACAAUGAUGUGAAUCAAAAUUUGAAAAUGCAAAUUUUCGACAGAUUUUUCCGGCUUAAGCACUAUGUUUUUGUUGUCGAAGGAGCUGGACAGUUGAACCGUGAAUGUAGUCUGUUCACAGGAGAUGGAAAAUAUGUUAUCAUUGGAUCGGCUCAUUUCAUAUCAAAUGAAACUCCCUAUCAUUUUUUUGACAUCUAUACCAACAAUGAAGCUGUUACACCAAAUCCUAGAUCCCCUCUUGAGGAUUAUGCCAUACACAUCGUAGACCUUGAGAAAGGGGAGCUUACAGACUCAAUUGAGUUUAAAGCUGAUAAAAUUUUUCUAUCCCAUAACCAAGGAAUUUACUUGUUCAAGGAUAUUUUAGCAAUUUUGUCUGUGCAGCAUCAGACUAUUCACAUUUACCAGAUUUUAGAUGGAAAAUUCGUGGAAGUUAAGCAAAUCGGAAGGUUCCUCUAUGAUGAUGACGAGUUCAUUGUUUCUCGGUCAUUCAACCACUUCAACGCUCCUAAUUUCAGGGCAAUCCGAGAUUCGUGCCUUAGCCUUCUCAAGCAAAGAAUUCUCUCAUUCAUGUUCCGAAGAGCUCUGAAGCUUUCAGAGACUGAAAAUAAUCCUGCUGUUCUUAGGAAAUUCUUCUUUUUUUACGGAGAAGUAUUAAAGUUACGCUUAUGGAAAAUGCAGUUGAUUGACGAAGAGCAUCUGUUAAUUAAGUUUGCAUCUGAAGAAGUAGUCACAUUACUAGCGGCUGAACCUAACUCCAUGCCUGCCUUUUUUGUCAUCUAUAACUUGAAAACAACUGAGAUUAUCGAAAUUUUUGACAACACAUCUGAUGAAUUAGUACAUAUUCUAGAAACAUUUCCAGAUUUUUUUAGGAAUGCCAAACUGAGGGAAGAGGCACAAUUCACAUGUUCUGCAGCUAACAGUCUCUAUGCUCGGUUGCAGCAAGAAAGGUUUAAAGAGACCAUAGAAAAUGCAAGGUAUGGUGGCAAAAUUGAAGCGGUGAGAAGAAUUUUGGCGCAGCUUCCGAUUAGUGCUCAGUCAUAUAGCAGUUCACCUUACUUAGAUUUAUCACUAUUUAGCCAUGAUGACAAGUGGAUUUCUGUGCUGGAACGUCCUAAAGGAUGUGGGGAAUAUCCCUUAAGGUUUUAUGCACGGGAUUCAGGCUUACUGAAAUUCAGAAUUUACUCUGGAUUUGGCGCUUUAGAAACAAGACCUCCUCCAUCAGCAAGACGAUUAGUUGCAUAUACUUUUCAUCCUACCGACCCUUUUGCGAUCAGUGUUCAGCGCACCAACUCAGAUUACAUUGUGAAUUUUCACCUUCGAUUAGACGACACCAGGCAGUUUCUUUAAUUCACUGUACUUAAAACACGUACCUGAGUUGAUGUUCCUGUUAAAAUGUUCAAUUUUCACUGAGAUAUUGAAUGAGGUUCAUUAGUUACAAAAAGGGAAACAAAAACAGCGCAGAGCGUUUGGAUUUUUAGGUUUUUUUUUGCUGAAAAUAUGGUAGGCCUGUAAUGUCAAGAAAAUGCCAAGCAUCAUUGAUUUUGGUCAAAGACAUAGAGUGCCUUUUUUACACCUUUUUAACAGUUUUUAUCAAUAAAAGAGAUCUGUAGAUUACAAAUCACGCUAUCAGGAAUUUCUUUUUCCUGGUUGUGCGUACGUUCUCAAAGAAUUAGUUUAAAAUUUUCAAGGUUCACAGAGAACCUGUGCAGAACAAUUUUUCCCUCUGAGUUGUUUUGUUUUUCAAAGAAUUAGUAUUUUUCAUGUGUUUGAUACAGAAUAUUUUUUCGACUAGUGGAUCGCUAUGUUCUACAGAUUAUUUUUUGUGCCAUGAUCUCAUCUAGAAUUUGUUGUUAAGUAGUUUUAAUACACUGUUUAUCCUAACACAUCCAUUUUAUUUUUUAUUAAUUUUUCUUUUUUUUGUAUUACUGCUAGUUAUGAAUUAGAGGUCUUUUAAAAUCACUUAUUUUUCAGUUUUCUUUUUGAAAAUUGGAUUGUGUAGAGCCUUGAUGCAUUUAUAGAAUCUUUCCUUCAGAUUAUGGAUCUGGAUUUCUGGUAUAAAUACGCACUGUUCUGUUAAA